GAACUUUAAGAUUUUUAGGUCGGUUACCGGUCACGCGCUGGAAAAAAACAACAUUUGUUCAAAACUGUGUCUUUGAGAUUGAGCGGGAUACACUGAAGGUUAAUUGAAAAAAAAAAACAAAAAUAAUAAAACAUGGAAUUUCAUUUCAUUUUGCCACACCACUAACAUUAAAUUCCCACCGAAUCUGCCAUCACUGGUCGCCACUGUCAUCUUGCUGUCAUCCGUCGUCUCGCCGCUCGCGGGCCGCGUAAACGUCAAACGUCGUCGUCGUCGUCGGAAUUUCGUAGCAUUGCUCCAAUUAGCGAUGUUUUUCUUUUUGGUGCGCGCACCCGCGAUUCCCUGUUUGUUUUUCCGUUUUUAAUCCGUGGCCACGCCACCAAAGCUGCCGUGUGAUGUUGUGGGUUGGCGUUCGAAGUGCCAAAAGGUUGUGCGUUGCGGAGGAGGACGGAGUGGCCAUUUGGCGGCGGUUUGUAAACAAAGCGGUUGGGCGCAAUUUGUCCGCGCUGGUUGGGAUUCGGGCCCGCUGCAGUUGUCACAAUGACGGAUUCCUUCUUCGGGUUCGACACGCAUCUUCCGGUGGAGGAUGACGGAGGCGGGGGAAUUGGGGGCGGUCCGGACGAUUCGGAGGAGGAGUACGAUGCGCUGAACGAUGAGACGUUUGGGCAGGCACGGGAGGGGGACUGGGAGGAGCUGCACGAGGAUAUGGUCCGGUUGGAUCAGCGGGAGGGUGGGGAUGGCGAUUCGGGGCCGGAUUCGGACUUGCAUAUGAACUUUUCCAGCGUUCGGAUUGACAACUUGGAGCUGGACGAGUCGGAGGCGAGGUUGCAGCUGGAUCCGAGCGUGUGGACGAUGCCGAGCAAGCCGGAGACGCCGCGGCCGCAGUUGCCACAUCCGGCGAUGCAGCAGCACCAUCCGCAGAGUUCGUUGAUGGCGGCGAUGCAGCACCAGCAGCACCAUCAGAGGAUAGGCGGGGGACCAGGUGGCCCCUUUGUCGGUCUUCCGCCCAACUUCCCGCUGCCGAAUCCGGCUCAGAUGCGCAUCUGUUCGGUGGAGGAGAUCGAGCAGAACAUGAUCAAGCAGCAGGCGCAGCACUCGAUGCCGCCGGAGGUUCCCCAGCAGCUGCCGCCGUUUCAUCAUCCGGGCAUGGGACUGCCUCGUCCGCCACCCGGAUUUCCCGGAAUGAUGAAUCACCAGCCGCCGUUGACGAUUCCGGUGAACUUUCCGCCGCCGUUGAACAUGGUUCCCCCGUUGCCACCGUUGCACCUGCUCCAGACGAACGUUCCGCCGCCGUUUCCGAUGAAUGUGCCGCCGCCGAAUUUCCCCGGAGGUGAGAGCCAACGGCUGGUUCAGGAGAUUCAGCAAAACCAUCCGAUGAUGAACCAGCACCGUCAACACCAGCAACAGGGUCAGAAUCGCUACCAGCAGCAGCACAAUAAUCGGCAGAAUUACCACCAGAACCAGCAGCAGAUGCAGCAUCACCGUGACAAGCUAAACCAGUCGGGUGAGUACGACGAGUACGCGAACCUGAUGAGCGAACGGGACAAGCAGUGGCUGCUGGCCUUUGUACUUAACGCCCAAUACCCACCUGAUGCCAAACCCAUGUGGAAGUUCAUCCCUAAGCAUGUGUAUGGCCUGGUUUUUGACAACGAUACAAAAUACGCCUGCGUUGUAAGCCUCCUUGCAUAUUUAUCUAAACCUCCCGCUAAGUAAUUUCUAUCGUAUUGUAUUUAUUGUGAAGAUUGUGAAUUAUUUAUUUAUUUUUAAUGUGUAAAUUUAUGCUUUGACUGAAUAUAUUGUCCUAUAAUUUGAUCUAUUGAUUGAGUUUUUAUUUAAUAAGUAAAGAAAGUUAAGCAAUAACUCUACUUAAAGUUCUCAAGGUUCAAUAUAUGUAAUAAGAUUUUUUUGUAGUUUAAAUCAUUUUUUAAACGUAGACGGAAUAAAUGCUCCUAAUGAGUUCAAUUUCUUUGAUUUAUUUAAAUCACCAUUGAAUGAUUGAUCAAAUUCUCCGCCUGGUUCUGCCAGAA